AUGAGGCAGCUGCUGCGUCCGAUUGACCGCCAGAGAUACGACGAGAACGAGGACUUGUCGGACGUGGAGGAGAUAGUUAGCGUCCGCGGCUUCAGUCUGGAGGAGAAGCUGCGCAGCCAGCUGUACCAGGGGGACUUCGUGCACGCCAUGGAGGGCAAAGAUUUCAACUAUGAGUAUGUACAGAGAGAAGCACUCAGGGUUCCCCUGAUAUUUCGAGAAAAGGAUGGACUGGGAAUUAAGAUGCCUGCUCCUGACUUCACAGUCCGAGAUGUCAAACUCUUAGUGGGUAGCCGGCGGGUAGUGGACGUGAUGGAUGUAAACACCCAGAAGGGCACAGAGAUGAGCAUGUCCCAGUUCGUGCGCUACUACGAGACGCCCGAGGCUCAGCGGGACAAGCUGUACAAUGUCAUCAGCCUGGAAUUCAGCCACACGAAGCUGGAGCACUUGGUCAAGCGUCCGACUGUGGUAGACCUGGUGGACUGGGUGGACAACAUGUGGCCCCAGCACCUGAAGGAGAAGCAGAUGGAAGCCACGAACGCCAUUGCAGAGAUGAAGUACCCAAAAGUGAAGAAGUACUGUCUGAUGAGCGUGAAAGGUUGUUUCACUGACUUCCACAUCGACUUUGGAGGCACUUCCGUUUGGUACCAUGUUUUCCGCGGUGGGAAGAUCUUCUGGCUGAUUCCCCCAACCCUGCACAAUUUGGCACUGUAUGAGGAGUGGGUGCUGUCAGGUAAACAGAGCGACAUCUUCCUGGGAGACCGCGUGGAGCGCUGCCAAAGAAUUGAGCUGAAACAGGGCUACACGUUUUUCAUCCCUUCCGGCUGGAUCCAUGCAGUCUACACUCCUGUAGACUCUCUGGUAUUCGGCGGAAACAUCCUGCAUAGCUUUAACGUGCCCAUGCAGCUGCGGAUCUACGAGAUUGAGGACAGGACACGGGUGCAGCCUAAAUUCCGUUACCCCUUCUACUAUGAGAUGUGCUGGUAUGUCUUGGAGAGAUAUGUGUACUGUGUGACCCAGCGGUCCUACCUCACUCAGGAAUACCAGAGAGAAUCCAUGCUGAUUGAUGCCCCAAGAAAGCCCAGUAUAGACGGCUUCUCAUCUGAUUCCUGGCUGGAGAUGGAGGAGGAGUCCUGUGAGCCGCAGCCCCAGGAGGAGGAGGAGAAGGAAGAAGAGCAGGAGGAGGAAGGUGCAGAUAAGGUGCCCAAGCCACCCGCCGAUGGCCCUGCCUCGCCCACCAGCACCCCCUCUGAGGACCAGGAGCCCCCCGGGAAGAAGCCCAAAGCCCCCGCCAUGCGGUUCCUCAAAAGGACUUUGUCGAAUGAGUCGGAGGAGAGUGUGAAGUCCACGACGAUGCCCACAGACUACCCCAAGACGCCCACCGGCUCUCCCAGCACUGAGGUCUCUGCCAAAUGGACGCACCUCACCGAGUUUGAACUGAAGGGCCUGAAAGCUCUGGUGGAGAAACUUGAAUCCCUCCCGGAAAACAAGAAGUGUGUCCCCGAGGGCAUCGAGGACCCCCAGGCACUCCUGGAGGGUGUAAAGAGUGUCCUGAAGGAGCACGCGGACGACGACCCCAGUCUGGCCAUCACUGGGGUCCCUGUAGUCACUUGGCCAAAGAAGACUCCAAAGAACCGGGCGGUAGGGCGGCCCAAGGGGAAGCUGGGCCCGGCUUCCGCGGUGAAGUUGGCCGCCAACCGGACCACGGCGGGAGCUCGCCGGCGCCGGACGCGAUGCCGCAAGUGCGAGGCCUGCCUGCGGACCGAGUGCGGAGAGUGCCACUUCUGCAAGGACAUGAAGAAGUUCGGAGGCCCCGGGCGGAUGAAGCAGAGUUGUAUCAUGCGGCAGUGCAUCGCGCCAGUGCUGCCCCACACUGCUGUGUGCCUAGUGUGUGGCGAGGCGGGGAAAGAGGACACAGUAGAAGAGGAAGAAGGCAAGUUUAACCUCAUGCUCAUGGAGUGCUCCAUCUGCAAUGAAAUCAUCCACCCCGGAUGCCUUAAGAUUAAGGAGUCAGAGGGCGUGGUCAAUGAUGAGCUUCCCAACUGCUGGGAGUGUCCCAAGUGUAACCACGCUGGCAAGACCGGGAAACAAAAGCGUGGCCCUGGCUUUAAGUACGCCUCCAACCUACCCGGCUCCCUGCUCAAGGAGCAGAAGAUGAACCGGGACAGCAAGGAAGGUCAGGAGCCUGCCAAGCGGCGGAGUGAGUGUGAGGAGGCUCCCCGGCGCAGGUCGGACGAGCACCCCAAGAAGGUGCCCCCUGACGGUAUCCUGCGCCGAAAGUCGGACGACGUGCACCUGAGGAGGAAGCGGAAAUACGAGAAGCCCCAAGAGCCAAGUGGACGCAAGCGAGCCUCGACGCUUCAAACGUCCCCCGGUUCCUCCUCUCACCUCUCGCCGAGGCCCCCUCUAGGCAGCAGCCUCAGCCCUUGGUGGAGAUCCAGCCUCACUUACUUCCAGCAGCAGCUAAAACCUGGCAAAGAAGAUAAGCUUUUCAGGAAAAAGCGACGGUCCUGGAAGAACGCCGAGGACCGGAUGGCUCUAGCCAACAAGCCGCUUCCGCUCAAGCAGGAGCCGGAGGAUGAUCUGCCCGAGGCGCCCCCCAAGAAGGAGAGCGACCACUCCCGCUCUAGCUCCCCCACAGCCGGGCCCAGCACCGAGGGGACCGAGGGCCCCGAGGAGAAGAAGAAGAAGGUGAAGAUGCGCCGGAAACGGCGGCUCCCCAACAAGGAGCUGAGCAAAGAGCUGAGCAAGGAGCUCAACCAGGAGAUCCAGAAAACCGAGAGCAGCCUGGCCAACGAGAACCACCAGCCCAUCAAGUCGGAGCCUGAGAGUGAGAACGAGGAGCCCAAGCGGCCCCUGGGCGUCUGCGAACGCCCCCACCGCUUCAGCAAGGGGCUCAAUGGCCCCUCUCGGGAGCUGCGGCACCAGCUGGGGCCCGGCCUGCGCAGCCCACCCCGUGUCAUCCGGCCCCCUCCCUCUGUGUCCCCACCCAAGUGCAUCCAGAUGGAGCGGCACGUGAUCCGGCCGCCGCCCAUCAGCCCCCCGCCCGACUCGCUGCCCCUGGAUGAUGGGGCAGCCCACGUCAUGCACAGGGAGGUGUGGAUGGCCGUCUUCAGCUACCUCAGCCACCAAGACCUGUGUGUCUGCAUGCGGGUCUGCAGGACCUGGAACCGCUGGUGCUGUGAUAAGCGGUUGUGGACCCGCAUCGACCUGAACCACUGCAAGUCCAUCACGCCCCUGAUGCUGAGCGGCAUCAUCCGGCGCCAGCCCGUCUCGCUGGACCUCAGCUGGACCAAUAUCUCCAAGAAACAGCUGAGCUGGCUCAUCAACCGGUUGCCUGGGCUCCGAGACUUGGUGCUGUCGGGCUGUUCAUGGAUCGCGGUCUCAGCCCUCUGUAGCUCCAGUUGUCCGUUGCUCCGGACCCUGGAUGUCCAGUGGGUAGAAGGGCUAAAGGAUGCCCAGAUGCGGGAUCUCCUGUCCCCACCCACGGAUAACAGGCCAGGUCAGAUGGACAAUCGGAGCAAGCUCCGGAACAUCGUGGAGCUGCGUCUCGCCGGCCUGGACAUCACGGACGCCUCCCUGAGGCUCAUCAUUCGCCAUAUGCCCCUGCUCUCUAAGCUCCACCUUAGUUACUGUAACCAUGUUACUGACCAGUCCAUCAACCUGCUCACUGCUGUGGGCACCACCACCCGAGACUCCUUAACUGAAAUCAACCUGUCAGACUGUAAUAAGGUUACUGACCAGUGCCUGUCCUUCUUCAAACGCUGUGGAAAUAUCUGUCAUAUUGACCUGAGGUACUGCAAGCAAGUCACCAAGGAAGGCUGUGAGCAGUUCAUAGCUGAAAUGUCUGUGAGUGUCCAGUUUGGGCAAGUGGAAGAAAAACUCCUGCAAAAACUGAGUUAG